GGCGUGGCCCGGACACCUUACCGGACGGACAUUGAAAACAAAAUAAUAAAAAUAAAUACAGCACCUUCUCCUUGCAAGUCCAAGGAGACCGGUGUCGCUUAACAAAAUAAUUUCGCGUUUUUAACACUAGUGGUUAAUUUCGUAGAGAUUUUUUUGUGUUAUUAAAAUUUUAUGUCAAUGAAGUGAUAAAAGUGUUGUUCAGUUAUUUGGUGAUGCAUCAGUGAAGGAUUGUCGCGAUUUAGUGCAUUUUUGAUGCGCUUAAUUAUUCAGCUUAGUUAUUUUUGAUAAGGAGGUUUUACAAAGAGAAUUCUUCAUCAUAACAUGAAUUAAAAAUAAAACAAUACACAUAAAGUGAAGUUUCAAAAUGAAUUCGCGAGACUAUUACAAGGUGACGUACACAACAUUAGACUCUGAUCGUUCGAACACCUUCGACCAAUUGGACAAUGAUACGGAGUUCAACGCGAACCAGUUUAAACUGUACGACGACUUCACGACGGACCUGAGGAUCAACUUCAACCCGAUCAGGAACAACUACCACGAGCUGACAGAUGUGAGGAGGAGGAGAGGUGACCCGAAUGACUCAGGGGUCGAUAUGGAGAAUGGAAAUGAUGCGGCUGUGAAUAAUGAUAGUGGUUUGUUGGAGAACGAAGUUAUGGUAGAUCCCUGGAGCAGCAUGGACUCUUGUAAUUCUCCGUUAACCGACUCCGGCCCCUCCGCCAGCGAAGACUGCACCCCUUCAACUUCAAGUGAACCCCCUCGACGGCCUCUAGACGUGUCUUCCCCCCUCUCCCCAGAAGCGCGCCGCGCGGACCCAAAAGAUGCCAAACAAAGUAAACCUAAGGACAAGGCGCGCUCUCGGGACCUAACUCUUGAUUUAGAGACCCUAGAGCCCGAUCGUAUCCCACGCCGGCCCCAUUUCCUAGAUGAGGACUACCAACCGCCUUCCAGGUCAAACAUCGAAUGUCGAAUACCCAAACCACACUUUUUAGACCAUUCACCAUCGCCAGACGAAUUUGAUGAGCGAAGUGACAUAACGAACCCAAACUUCCUGGACGAUGAAGGGGAAGAUGAAAACACAGCGCAGAAAAAAGCUGGAGCCCUCCCUAAAAGACCGCAAAAGAAUCCGCCGACGUCGUAUCUGGCGCAAGAUGACCGACACAGAACCAGUUACAGAAGCGCUUUACAGUAUGGCCUUGAAAAUGCUGCUAGAUCCAGCGAACGCGAUAAAAGGGCCUCCCAACUGUACAGAGGGACGUGGCCUGGGGAAUGGGCAGGCCAAGACUCUUCCAGCGUCCGUAGUUUCUCCAGUAACGGGUCAGCGGAUGGCGGCAGGCCCUCAUCCAAUUUAGAAAAUAAAAUGGAGUGUGUGUACUCCCUCAUUUCACUGUUAAGUUUAUCGCCGGAAAACAAUGCAGAUUUGAGCGGGCCCUUGUUAGAGAUGAGCCGUUCAGUCGAAAGCUGUAUCGCGAUGAGGCAGUCCGGGUGCAUCCCUUUAUUGGUGCAGUUGAUACAUUCUAAGGUGCAGAGGGAAACAAGAGACAGAGCGGCGAAGGCAUUACGUAAUAUAAUUCUAACACAAACUGAUGAUAAAGCAGGGAGAAGAGAAGCGAGAGUGUGGAGGUUGUUAGAGCAAGUUAGAGAAUAUUGUUAUGUUUUAGAACAAGUAGUUGAAAUGAGGAAAGAAGGGAAGGAGAUGAUUGAAGAAGAUGCUAGCAAGCAUCCCAGUCAGAGCGUGGCUGCGCUCAUGAAGUUGUCAUUUGAUGAGGAGCAUAGACACGUGGUCUGCCAGUUAGGCGGUCUACAGGCCUUAGCCGCUCUCGUCAGCGGGGACCAAGCGGCGCACGGCAGUAGAACUGACGACAACACUUGUCUAACCAUGAGGAAAUAUGCCGGCAUGACCUUGACCAACUUGACCUUCGGCGACGGCAAUAACAAGUCCUUAUUGUGCUCCUUUAAGGACUUCAUGUUAGCUUUGGUCGAGCAGUUGGAAUCUCCCAAUGAUGAUAUGCGACAGGUAACCGCAGCUGUGCUUAGAAAUUUAUCAUGGAGAGCGGACCCCAACAGCAAACAGGUAUUGAGAGAAGUCGGCGCCGUAAAAGGAUUGACCAAAGCGGCAAUGACCUGCCAGAAAGAGGCUACUCUCAAAUCCGUUCUCUCCGCUCUAUGGAACUUGACAGCCCAUUGCUCCAUGAACAAAGUCGCGUUAUGUUCCGUAGAUGGUGCUCUAGGAUUUUUAGUAGAUAUGCUAAGUUACAAUUCGCCAACGAAGACUCUAGCGAUAGUUGAAAACGCAGGUGGAAUCAUGCGGAACGUGUCGAGCCAUAUUGCCGUCCGGGAAGAUUACAGACAAAUUCUCCGCGAGAGAAAUUGCUUGAGUGUCUUACUGCAGCACCUGAAGUCGCCGAGCUUGACGGUCGUCAGUAAUUCCUGCGGGACCCUGUGGAACCUCUCAGCGAGGUGCCCGCAGGACCAGGAGUUCCUUUGGGAUCAUGGGGCUGUGCCGAUGCUCAGAAGCUUGAUCCAUUCCAAGCACAAAAUGAUAGCUAUGGGCUCGAGUGCAGCUCUCAAGAACCUACUGAACUCUAAGCCAGGAAAAACGCACAUAAUAUCACUCGAUACGACAGCGAGAAGCAUGAAUUUGCCUGCUUUGCCUACGUUAGGUGCGCGGAAGCAAAAGGCGUUAGAACAGGAAUUAGAUCAGAAUCUGGCUGAAACUUGCGACAAUAUAGAACCAGUUACAUCACCUACAACGAGUAACAGAGAAGAGAAGAAUCUCUUCACAGCAACGGAAAGACAAAUGGCUUUAAAUUUGGAACGGCACAGGAUGUCGUCGAGCUCGCCUUUAAUGGGGACUCUGACUUCACAAAUAUCUUUAAGCCACAGCGCACACUUGGCGAGUUACUUGAGUUGCAGUAACACUCUCCUGAAAGGGGCUUUAGUAUCUCGAUCUUCAGGCGGAAGUUCCAAUAACGUGAACAGAUCAGAUAGCAAAGAUUCAGUCACUAGUACACAUUCCGAUUCCGUGUUUGAAAGGGGCAUGAGACCUGGGAAAGUGCCAGUUCCAACGCCCAGGAACAAAGAUUUAAUGAAGAACGAUAAAACUACUGAAGUGUACAAAAUGGGUACGAAGCCGCCUAAAGAUGGACCUCGAUAUCCAACCCAACCCCCUAUUCCGCCUCCGAGGAGUACAGACGUGCGAACUAAUUACACAGAAUCUGGUUACGACGUCGACCAAGAUUCUUGCGACCAGCCAAUCGAUUACAGCAGAAAAUACUCGGAGACAAAGACAGCGGAACCUGAAACUAUGGAGAAACCUAAAACGGAAUCUACUAAGAAAUAUUCAAAGAAGGAAAGUCCAACUUACGGCGAUUACCAGGAGACAGAUCUGGACCAACCAACGGAUUACUCAUUGCGUUACGCUGAGCACCAAUCAGAAACUGGAUCGGAUUUAUCCGAACCUCCAGGUCCGUCGGACACUAUCAAACACUUUGCAACUGAAGGCACUCCUUAUGAAACACCCGUGAUAUUUAGCACUGCUACGUCGAUGUCUGAUUUGCGCGUUAUAGCGAAAGAUAAAAAGACGCCUCAUAUUAAAGAAAAUCCAGAGAUAAUGACUCAUUCGGAUGAGAAGGAUACAUGUUCAAUAGAAGAUCCGCCCAGACAUGACAACGACAUGGCUGCGAGUACUCCUCAAGCGGCAUCCAGACCUGAAAAGCAGGAAGUUUUUGAUACUAAGUUCAGUUCAGGGAUGAUCAGUCCGGAGAAACCGGUGAACUACUGCGAGGAAGGAACACCUGGGUAUUUCUCCAGGGUCAGUUCGCUGAGUAGUGUGGGGGAGCCGACCGAGGAAGAUAAUUUGGCGAAGAAGAACGCUAUGGCGACCAUCAAUGUGGACCCACUCGAUGAACCCAGUGCGGGGAGCAGUGCUAAAGAUAAAGAAGGCUCGAAGGCGGUGACGUUCGCGACGGAGCCGCCGACGUCGCCGCCGCGGUUCGUGGAGGAGACGCCGCUGAUGUUCUCGCGCUGCAGCUCCCUGGGCUCGCUGCCGGACUGCGACCAGCACGACGACCAGGGCUCCGUGCUGUCCGAGUUCAGCCGCUUACCCUCAGGAUGCAUAUCUCCGAGUGAAAUCCCCGACUCGCCGGGAGUCAGUCCUCGCGUCAAGAUGGAGCCCACUGUCCUCGCUGACGUCACAGUCGAUCAACCACAAGAGAGCGACAGCGUGAGUGGCGUGUUCGCGGAGCAGCCGGCGCGGUUCGUGGUGGAACACACGCCCGCGCAGCUCUCGUGCCGCACCAGCCUCAGCAGCCUCACCAUCGACGACGAGCCCAGGCAAUCUAUUAAACUCGCGAGCAAUAUAUUGCCGGCGGACACGCCACAUGUCAGUUCUGAUCAAGCUGAGGAUAGUUUACAACAAAAUAGGGAACAAAUUCAAAGGAUGCCGUUGCCAAAUGAAGCCACAAGUUCUACAUUCAAAGGCACUCAAACACCAAACGACGUGUGCAAGAUCUAUUUCACAGAAGACACGCCCGCCAUUUUGUCCAAAGCAGGCAGCAACUCCAACCUGUCGGUGUUGUCUAUAGAGUCCGCCCCCGUGGAGUUGCCGAGAAUCGAACCUGAGCCCGCCGCGGACCACGACACGUCCGACAGCUCCAACCUGAGCGACAGCGGCGAUUUGUUGGAAGAGUGCAUACAGAAGGGUAUUGCUAAGGUGGUGAAGAACAAAGGCCCUCCGUCGGAUGUGUCUUCCAGUCAUUACAGCAUGAGGGACGAUGUUUACCGUUCGCUGCCACCGUACCUCCGUUCGUCGACUGAAACUGUAAAAAUGUCGCAAGACUAUGGCAGAAAUUCGCGGGAUGGUUCCAGUGACGUAGCGGAGCGCAGCCCCCCUCCCCUGCCGCCGCGCAGCCGCGUGGGCGCCGCGCCGCCGCGUCCGCCGCCGUUGCACGCCGACACCACACAAGGAGGUCGAAAACACGAAAGCCGUUUGCCAGUGAAGACUCAACGCAACGCAGAAAAACCCAAACUCCCGAUCACCACCAACCUCGCGCGAAACGAGUCCCAAAGCUCCCUCAGUCUAGACUCGUUCGGCUCCACCGACAGGGAAAUCUUCGAAGAAACCGUCAAAGCUGGCCUUUCAAGUGUCAACCCUAGAGCUAAGUAUACUUUAGAAAGUACCAAAAGUAAGGCACACUCAGUAGAAAGACCUUCGGAAUCUUCCAGACAUUACCGCCAACACAAAUCUCUAGAUCGAAGCGACAAAAUAUCUCAACAUCGAACCAAAAUCAAAGAUUCAGAGUUUGAAAGAAAUUUAGCGUCCGGAGCGUAUAACUUGAAGUCUUCGACCAAAAUCAAGCGUUUGGAACAAGAAUUUACAGGAUUAUCUCUGUCGAGAUCACCAUAUUCUUAUCACGGGGAACCUAGCUCCUCUUUAGCACAUUAUUCGCGCAGGAAUUAUUUCAGAUGUGAUGACGGUCCUCCAAGUUUGCCGGCGAGGAUGGAUGAACCGCGACGUCUUUUAGAACGCAGCAACUCUUUAAGUUCUCUUAGUAACGAUUCAUUUGGAUCAACGGAUAAAGAGGUUUUCGAACGCUGCGUUCGAAUGGGAAUGUCGAAACCGCAGCCGAAGAAACGCGAUGACAAACCGCGCGGGCGCAGUGACGAACGUAGAUCUAGGAAGCCAACUCAAGGGGCGUUAGAUAGAAUGACUGGGGACGAAUAUUCUAAGGAAAGGGCGAUUUUGGAGGAGGUGAUAGCGAAGGGGGCUGGGAGAGGGAAUGCGACAAAAAACGUCCCGGCGUCGUCUGCGGCCGCAGCGCGCGCAGGCGACGCAAGCGACAUCACACGCAGCACUGGCUCUGAACACGACUCUGCGCUUGAUUCCGACCUUAAUAUAACUGUAGAUUCUAUUCGAAAUCUCAACGAAUCCAUUGAAGAUAACGUAGCACCUAAUGACGUAUUUGAUCGUUCCAAUGAAAUGCCCACGAUUGAUUCGGGGAAUACAACGUUAGAAUCGAAUGAUACGGUCGAAAUGGAUCGCUCGAAUGAAUGUCUCGCGCCUAAAUCUGCUAAUACUACUUUAGAAUCGGACAAUCGAGACGAAUUAAAUAGGUCUAAUGAAUCUUAUGCGGACGUCAUGGACGGCUCGUGGAGCGAUAUCGGUUCCCCACCAAAGAAUUACGACGUAGCUACUUUGACUAGGAAGAAUAAAAACAAACCAGAAUGGACAGACAUGAAAUAUACUCCGACAGAUCUAAAAUUUACUGAUAAGUUGGAUGAUAUAUCAAAAAUCAGUACUGACACAUGGAACGACAACACUUGUCCUGAUGAUGUCACGUUUCCUACUAUCAGCGCAUCUGUACAUUUAGUGUCGUCUAUUCGCAGCGAAAUUGCUGAUCCAUCAUCAGCUUUACCAGAUUUGUUAGAAAAAAGCGAAGGCAUGAAUAUGUCUUUCUCGCGACCCGAUUUGACUAACAAACUCGAAGGGGCAAGUCAUUCAGAAGUGACGGAUGAGAAGUUAGACGACAGAUUGUUAGAUAGCGUCGCCGAACCGAGUUUUACGUCAUUAAUAGAUGAUGGCGAACAGAAGUUUGAUUCUAUUAUAUCUUCGGCGAUAGAGAUGGAAGCCGCACGUUUGGCUGCGCAACUAAAGACGUCACAGUACGGCAUGGAAACCAGUGUGACGUCACUUACUUCUUUAGACUUGGAUAACGUGAGGCCACCUUCAAACUUGGGCAGUUUACUAUCGCUCAGCGCUUCAGGCCAAUGGGAUGAGUCAUCAGCGCAAAUGUCUAAAAAGUCACAACGAAGUCGUAAGAAGUCUUUACCUAUAGCUCUCGUUAAAAAAGCGUUGAGUAACUCUAUGCACCAUGGCAGUUCCGAGCAUUUAGACAGCAAUCCUGUCAGCUUCCUAGAAAACGUAAAACCUCCUUCAGAAAUGGAGAAUUUAGACAUGGAAAGCAGUAUGAUAUCCGUAUCGAGUAUAGUUUCAGAAGCAGAAGAGGUCAAAGAAAGGAUUCCUAUAGUGUUUGACUUCAAACAACCGAUACAAGAAUUCCCUAUGUGUAUGAACAUCAAUACAGUAUUCCAAGAUCUGAAUAAUGUCAAUCCGCCAUCUUUGUUUGACGAAAUGGCGGAGUCCACAUUAGAAGUUGAACAGACAACCGCUCAUGAAGUAUUUGACGAUUGUGUUUCGAAUACAUUAAAUAUUAUCACUGAUAUACCAUCAGGAUCUGAAAAUGGCACCCCAUUGCCUUCUGAUCUCAGUAGUGUUGAAUCUACUCCGAAAAGACGACGCGAUCCUAAAUAUUUAACACCUAAAGAAAAGAGGAACGUAUCAAAAGAUAGAUAUCAAACGUACACCAUAACAGAUAGCGUGUCAGAAAAUGAUGUUGUUCUAGAAGUCGAAGAAGAAUUCUUAACGUGGACGAAAUCUGAAAGCGACAGGUCAGACGACUACGUCACAGCCACUUCAGAGCCUAAAUUGAAACGGAAAGUGAGCGCGAAACAGAGGCGGCUAGAGGACAGAGCUAGGUACCAAACACAAACCGUUGAUAUCCACAACAUCGUCACUGAGCAACCCAAACCGGAUCCGAGCAUAGAAAGCCUCAAACAGCGUCUAGCAGCGAAGAAAACUAUGAAGCAAAAACGAAUCGAAGACGCAGAAAGGUUUAGGACUAGAACUCUCAGUGAAGACAUCCCGCCGUCUCCAACUUUCGUCACGAGAGACGCUAAUUUCGAAAAUGUCGAAACCACAACCGGCUAUGACAGUCUCUCUUCCAAUGACCUCAAUCAUCAACAAUUACUUGAUGACAGAAAUAAUGACGACGUAUUUUCAAGAGACGUAGACAGCGGACACAAUGAGGACGACAGCGAGUUAAAUUCCACUCAAAUGCAAACGUACACGAAAAGCUUUAGAAAUUAUCUCCCUGUCGUAGAAAGUCCCACCGCUGUAGACAUUUGUGUCGUCAAUAAUUUAAAGAAUAUAGAAAUGACCGCGUCAUAUAGCAGGACUUUACAAAGCGACAAGAAUCAGAACCCGAGUAGUAGCGAUUUUGCGAGUUACGAGGGAGAUAGCAAUUCCGAAGAUAGGGUCCAUUCGGAAUCUGACCCGGACACUCCGAGACCUAAACCUAAAAUCAUAAAACCUACUCGUCGAGAUGAAAGUCUAGACAGUAACGAUUCAUUAGACAAAGAGUUCGAUACUUCCAAAGCUAUCAGAGGCCGGAAAAAGGCAAUGUACGUGUCUCCUUAUAGACGUAAUGUUGCGCCAGCUAAGAAGCCAACUCCUGCUACCAAAACUCCUUCAAAGGCAGUCGCUCAUACUGCUAAAGGGCCCACAAGCCCUAUAAAGGCUCAUACGAGUGCCAAAACUCCUAACAAAACGCCUGUUGCGUCAAAACCUCCCAGUGCUAACACUUCUCCAAAGAAAUCAUUAGCGAACAGAUCGCCUACGAAAACUGCGCAACAAAAACCUAUAGCAGUACCUCUCGGUGGUAAACCUUUGCCUUUAGAAAGACAAGGCACGUUCACCAAAGAAGAAAGUACUGUACCGCCUAAAGAUUUGCCCAUGCCAGUUAGAAAAGGUAGCGUCCCCCGUCCUGGCAAAGCGACUUCUCCAACCAAACCAACUGCCAAUACAUCACCGUCGAGAUUACCGCAGUUCAGCAGGUAUACGCGACCGACGACGGCCAAAGCCGGCCAAUCCAAAAUGUCAGGGAGAACUCCCGCCAAAAAGCCUGAAAGUACGAUGAAGAAUUCCCCUUCGAAUCACAGUCUCCAAAGCAACGACAGCGGCAAAACUGUGACGCUCGCAUCUAGAUCCUCGAGACAAGGAAGCACAUCUAGCGUCAACUCUGUUCAGUCCAAAACGAAAGAGGUCGAAAGUAAAAUAGCGAAUCUGUGGAAGAAGGUGGAACAGUCCAAGAAGCAACCGACGAAGCCUGACAAAAGAGUGUGGAUCGAAAGCGACAAGACCGAGCCGCCUAAACUAAUUCGAAGCUCGACAUUCGAAGGACAGCCGAAGCAAACCCAGGUGUCUACAGCGCCUAAACAAAAGUCUGCAAUAGGUAUCCGCGUAUCGCAAAUACCUAGUUUGAGGCCAAAAUCAACACCGGCCCGUAACGCGCCGGCUACAAGCAAAAAACCGACUAAUUCUCGAUUCAUUAAGAAGACAGUUACGUAAGUGACCUCCUGUAGCGAACAGAAGUGACCCUCUCUAUAAUAAUGACUCGAUUUCGGUCAAUUAGGUAGUGGCAUGAUGCAGCAUUGAUCGUCGCACGCAUUGUUGAUUUACCGAUACAUAAUCUAAAUAAAAAUAUUUAGAUAAAUUAUUUUCGUAUAUUGUGUAUUUAUUUUUAUGUGUUACAAAAUUAUGGUUUAUGAAGAAAUUAUGUUUAUUUAUCGAAACUGAAUGAGUGAAAGAGAGGUAGUGAUUUUGAUUUGAUAUAUUUUUCAUAGUUUUUGUAUAUUCGUUGCAUUUAUUCUGGAAUUGGAUAAUUUUGACUGUAAACUUUACAUGUAAGUGAACAAUUUUGAAAGACGGGAAACUGGCUGAAUUUUUUUUUUUUGUAUUCUACAGAACAUGUUUCAAUGAGAUUUUUUAAAUGUAAUUAUGUGGGCGUGACCUUGAUGUUUAUAUUACGAUAUUAAAUAAAUAAAUUUUGGACGUGUUUCCAUUUGUGCAAUAACACAAAAAUACAGUAAAAUGUAUUCACGAAAAUGUAAAUGAAGCCAAAAUUUUCAUAUUUCCUUAUAUAUUCUUACCGGAGAUUUGUGACCACCGAGGAAUUUUUAGUCAAGGAUCAUACACCAUUUUUCUUGCUAAAAUUUCGAAACGCGUGGAACAUUGUCAAAAUACUUAAUGUAAAUAAUAUCAACGAGACUAGUGCGUAAGUUUUACCAUAAAACAGUUUGUAUAUUUUUCAUAUUAUUACUAUAUAACGUUGCUUCAAUAAAAUGCAUUCGUCGCGUGUCGGUAAUUUUUUUACAUCUAGUCAGUUUGAAGUUAAGCGGGAUGGAGUACGGAUCGUAUUUUUACAAAACUGAAUAUCGGUCAUACCAGUGCAUUGUACUGUAAAAUUAUUAAUAACUGGCUUCCUUUUUUUCUAUUUAGAAAUAUUGAAUUUCUAAACGAGAAUGUAGUGGAAACUUCAGUUAAAAAUUACAAUUUAUCUGUAAGUAUAAUUUCAUGGCAUGUAUUGUAUUGCCUUAGGUAAUUUUUUUAGCAAAUAUUAUGUGCUAUCUUGUUAAGAUGUGCACCUAUCGAAACACAAUUCCAUGUUAUAAUUUAUUAGAUAUAAGUCGAUUCAGACGAAACAACAUAUUAUAGUGUUAUCUAGUAUCCAAAAAACAUGUUUGUAGCUAAUCGCCAUCAUUUUCCUGAUACUUCAAGCCAGUUUUAGUUUUAUCAUAGAUUUAAGAAGCGUAACUUGAUAAUAAACGAUGCAUACCGUAUA